AUGAUCCAACUAGAGGAGCGUGAUAUUCCGGUGAUCCCCGGAACGCGUUUGGACGAUACAGAGGCCCGUGAGUUGCGACUCAUGGUAGCAGAUCUUUUGGGCAGAAGAUCUCCCAAUUUUCCUGGAUCACAGCCAGUUUCGUUUGAACGUAAAAACUUGCAAGAUACGUUGAUGAAUCGCGACUAUUUUGUGUGCGAGAAGUCUGAUGGCUUGAGAUGUUUGCUUUUCAUCAUCUACGACAACAUCAAGGGUGAAGGAGUCUUUUUGAUCACUCGUGAAAACGACUACUACUUCAUUCCCAACAUCCAUUUCCCACUCACUACAGCCGAUACACCUGAACAGCCGACUUAUCACCACGGAACGUUACUUGACGGUGAAUUAGUGUUGGAAAACAAGAAUGUAAGCGAACUGGUGCUUAGAUAUUGUAUCUUUGAUGCCUUGGCCGUGAACUCCAAGACCAUUGUAGACAGACCGUUACUGAAACGUCUUGGUUACAUCACGGAAAAUGUCAUGAAACCAUUUGACCGUUUCAAGAUGAACUUCCCGAAGAUUGUGAACUCGCCUGAGUUUCCCUUCAAGGUCAGUUUCAAGCUCAUGGUCUCGUCAUACCAUGCCGAUGAUGUGAUAGCCAAGAAGGACCAACUCUUCCAUGAGUCGGACGGUCUUAUAUUCACUUGUGUAGAGACGCCGUAUGUUUUCGGGACCGAUCCGACACUCCUAAAAUGGAAGCCUGCCCAGGAGAAUACCGUAGACUACAAGAUCGAGUUUGUCUUCAACCAGGUCCAAGAUCCAGAUAUGGACGAAAAAGAUCCCUCCUCUACGUACACAGACUAUGACUCUAAACCGAACUUGAUAAAGCUCAAGGUUUGGCAAGGAGGAAAUUCUGGAAACACACAUUCUGAUUUCGCCAAACUAGAUUUGUCUGACGAAGACUGGGAACGCCUUAAAGCCAUCAAUCAACCCUUACAAGGUAGAAUAGCAGAAUGUAGGCAGAGCCAAACAAAGACAGGAUUUUGGGAAAUGCUCCGGUUUAGAAACGACAAGAGCAACGGUAACCAUAUCUCUGUUGUAGAAAAGAUUCUUCUCAGUAUCAAGGAUGGAGUUCAGGAACAGGAAGUCAUCGAAGCCUGCCCCAAAAUUUCGCAAGCCUGGAAGAAACGAAUACUUGAAGUACCGAGACAUUGUGAAUGGUGA